GAAAAAGAAUAUAUCAAGAUGAGUAAAAAGCCUCCAAAUCGUCCUGGAAUCACAUUUGAGAUUGGUGCUCGUUUGGAGGCACUGGACUAUUUACAAAAAUGGUAUCCAUCUCGUAUUGAGAAGAUAGAUUAUGAGGAGGGGAAGAUGUUGGUCCAUUUUGAACGUUGGAGUCAUCGCUAUGAUGAGUGGAUUUACUGGGACAGCAAUAGGUUGCGACCCUUGGAGCGACCAGCAUUAAGGAAAGAAGGGCUGAAAGAUGAUGAAGAAUUUGUUGAUUUUAAACCUGGAGAAGAAGUCCUAGCUCGUUGGACAGACUGUCGAUAUUACCCUGCAAAGAUUGAAGCAAUUAAUAAGGAGGGAACAUUCACAGUACAGUUCUAUGAUGGUGUUAUUCGAUGUCUUAAGAGGAUGCAUAUCAAAUCUAUGCCAGAGGAUGCAAAAGGGCAGGAUUGGAUAGCUUUGGUCAAAGCUGCUGCUGCAGCAGCAGCCAAGAACAAAGCAGGAAGUAAACCUAGAACCAGUGCAAACAGCAAUAAAGAUAAAGAGGACAGAAAAUGGCUAAAAGUUCCUUCAAAAAAGGAAGAAACCUCAACCUCUGCAAUCAUGCAGGAAGCCCAAAAAAAGGAAGAGGAACCUACAUCUAGUGACACAUUUGGAUUUCCUGUAGUGGAUGUUCCAAAGAUGGCCUUUGUGCAGGCAGAGAGCACGUUAUCACACAAGAGGAAAAGUAAUUUAGGCAACUCAUUUCAGGCAAAGAGAGCUCGUCUUAACAAGAUCACUGGUUUAUUGGCAUCCAAAGCUGUUGUUGCAGAUGGUGCUGAAAAAAAGGAAGGCAACAAAGAAACAGCUCCAGUCCUGGAGCAGGUAUGA